AUGCGCCUCUUCCUCCUUCCAAUCUCUACGCGGCGCACGCUGCUCUAUUGCGAGCGCCUGACCGAGCCGCUCCCUCACCAGAUGUCCCUCAUGGACAAGGUCCAAAACCGGGCCGCCAAGAUGUGGUCCGGCUGGGAGAAGAAGCCACCGGGCAGCCUGAUGCACCGCAUUGUGUCCUCGGGCAACGCCGGUCUGCGACGCAUUGCCUUUGAGGAGUGGGGGCUCAAGUCGGUGCCGCCUCUCUCGGCACGGAAGCGGAUGGAAGAAGCGGCCGCUCGGGCGAUCGAGGAGGACAAGGAGAACAAGAAGAAUACGGAUGCGGACGGGGUGGGUACAAAGGACACCAAAACGGCCGUCGCCAAAGGCUUCGACUCAAAAUCGGUCGACGUUGUCUAUCCGUCGUCCGUCAUCCCCUCUACGUCUGUGGAGGCGCUGCUGACCAGGCUGGGCACCGAGCGCGAGGAUCUGCACCGGAAGCGGCUGAUCUGGUGCUUUGUCGGCAUGCCCAUCACGGCGCCGUUUGUCCUCCACCUGCUGGCGAACAAGGGCCUCGUCUAUACGUCAUCGCCGAUUCUCGAUGCUAUCUACGACAAGGAGAAAUCCGUUAUGGGAGAGACAAAGCCAGUUGGAACGCAGAUACGCCGCGAGGCCGACAGCAACGGCAGUGCUGUGAGCCACGACGAAGCAGAACCGGAACGACUGCUCCUGUCAAACCCGAGCGGCAGCAAAGGCAUUGCGGACGCGUUCAAUGCGCCGUCCCUCGAGCUCGAGCUAGAGCGGGCCAUUUGGCAGGUAGAGACAGCCCUAGCGAAGGAGCGCGGGGUGAAGAGGAAGAAUGAGGAGCAGACGAAGCAACAAGGACCGGAUGCACACGCAAAUGUUGGGACCGAGACAGCAGAACGACAGACAAUACCAGAGAAGCAACACCCAUCACCAGAACAGUGGGCCGGGCCACCAACUGCACCAGCAAAGGGAAAGGACAAGGCCAACUGA